AUGCUUCGUUUCAUUCUAGCUCUUUCACUCAUCCACUCGGUUGUUGGUCAAUGCAAUCAAAAUGAUAGGCUGAUUGGAGAUUUAUGCUAUUCCGUGUCUACCCAAAAAGUGAGUGCCGAAAAUGCUGGAAGUCUUUGCUUACUGUACAAUCAAUAUCUUGCCGUCAUUCAUACCACUCUUCAAGCUAACUUUUUGGCUUCCAUCGUCCGCUCUCAGACCGGUGCAGACAAGUUCUGGAUUGGUUUGCGCCGCGCAUCACUGAACUCGCGAUUCCAGUGGAGUGAUGGCACAACUAUGACGUGGAGCAACUUUGAUUCAAGUUUACCAAAGAACGACUACUACGUUGCUGAAAGUACUACUAAUGGAAAAUGGCAGACAGUUAAUGGAGGGCAACAGCUCUACUACGUUUGCAGCUACACUCCAGGAAGUGUUACAGGAAUUCCGGUUUCCUACCCACCAUCCGAAACGCCAGCAGUCUCGUACCCAGCUAGCGGAGCACCAGUAUCUUAUCCACCAUCCGGAGCGCCAGUCUCGUACCCACCAACUGGUGUUCCAGUGUCUUACCCCGCCUCGGAAGGCCCGGUUUCGUAUCCACCAUCAGGAGCACCAGUCUCCUACCAACCAACUGGAGAACCCGUCUCUUAUCCAGCUUCUGGAGCCCCUGUCUCCUACCCAGCCUCCGAAACGCCAGCAGUAUCAUACCCAGCUAGCGGAGCACCAGUAUCUUAUCCACCAUCAGGAGCGCCCGUCUCUUAUCCAGCCAGCGGUGCUCCAGUUUCAUAUCCGGCUUCUGAAAUGCCCGUCUCCUACCCAGCCAGCGGAGCACCAGUUUCUUAUCCACCAUCCGGAGCAUCAGUAUCCUAUCCAGCUUCUGGAGCACCAGUUUCAUACCCGGCAUCUGGAGCUCCAGUAUCUUAUCCAGCCAGUGGAGCUCCAGUUUCAUACCCAGCAUAUACUCCUGAUAACUAUCCAUCUUACGCACCAACUGUUAUGUAA